AUGACCCGCACGCUUCGUAUCGCAGCAGCACAGUUAGGCACCGUUCAUCACAGCGAUGACCGCCAACAGACCUUAUCGACAUUUUCGAAAAAGGCAAAAGAGCUAGGCGUAGGCAUUUGUAUUGGUUUCGGAAAAGGAACAGAUCAAAGUGAGUAUUACAAUACUUGCGUCUACUACCAUGCCAAGUCCGGAUCCAUCUUAUCACAGCACUGCAAGGUAUAUUUACCGGGAGGCGUUGAAUCCUUUCCCGAACCCGACCCUGUCAAUCAACUGGAAAAACGAUACUUUAUGCCUAGAGAUCUAGGGUUCCAUUUGUUUCGUGUGCCGGAUCUAACAAAGAGCACGAUUGACCAAGGGGAGCCAAUGUUCGGGAUGGUGAUAUGCGAUGAUAGGCGGUGGGCAGAAGCAUGGCGAUGUCUUGGUCUCCAGGAGGUGGAAGCGCAUUCGUACACGAACUCUUGCUUCUCGGUUAGCGCGGCACGAUUUAGUUUGUACAAUGGGAAGUAUGACCGUGCAGGUGGUUCGACAAUUGUUGGACCUGAUGGAAAGAUCAUAGUCGAGAGCCAGACAGAGGAAGACGAAGUAAUCAUUGCAGAUUGUGACCUCGAUUGGUGCGAGUCUGGCGAAAACACGAACAUCUGA